CCUGAGGCGCAUGCGCGGGGCGGGGCGAUCAGUCACUUCCGGCCCCGCCCACGCCGCCGCCGGCCCCGCGCGCCGCUGCCCGCUCCCACCGGCCCGGCCCGGCCCCGGCCCGCGCCAUGUCGUUUCGGAAGGUGGUGCGGCAGAGCAAGUUCCGGCACGUUUUCGGGCAGCCGGUGAAGACGGAGCAGUGCUACGAUGACAUCCGUGUCUCCCGCGUCACUUGGGACAGCACCUUCUGUGCUGUCAACCCUUCGUUUGUUGCCAUCAUCGUGGAGGCCAGUGGUGGCGGCGCCUUCCUUGUCCUGCCCCUGCACAAGACCGGGCGCAUUGACAAGUCAUACCCCACGGUGUGCGGGCACACGGGCCCCGUCCUCGACAUCGACUGGUGUCCCCACAACGACCAUGUCAUCGCCAGCGGCUCGGAGGACUGCACCGUCAUGGUCUGGCAGAUCCCCGAGAAUGGGCUCAGCCAGCCCCUGACGGAGCCGGUGGUGGUGCUGGAGGGGCACUCGAAGCGCGUGGGCAUCAUCACCUGGCACCCCACUGCCCGCAACGUCCUGCUCAGCGCAGGCUGCGACAACGUGGUGCUGAUCUGGAACGUGGGCACAGCGGAGGAGUUGUACCGCCUGGAGGGGAUGCACCCCGACCUCAUCUACAGCGUCAGCUGGAGCCGCGACGGUGCCCGCUUCUGCACCGCCUGCAAGGACAAGAGCGUCCGUGUCAUCGACCCCCGCCGCGGCACCGUGGUGGCCGAGAAGGAGCGGGCGCAUGAGGGUGCUCGGCCCAUGCGGGCCAUCUUCUUGGCUGACGGCAAGAUCUUCACCACCGGCUUCAGCCGCAUGAGCGAGCGGCAGCUGGCGCUGUGGGACAUGGAGAACCUGGAGGAGCCCAUGGGGCUGCAGGAGCUGGACUCCAGCAACGGGGCUCUGCUGCCAUUCUAUGACCCCGACACCAACGUGGUCUACGUCUGCGGCAAAGGCGACUCGAGCAUCCGGUACUUUGAGAUCACGGAGGAGCCGCCCUACAUCCACUUCCUGAACACCUUCACCAGCAAGGAGCCGCAGCGGGGCAUGGGCUGGAUGCCCAAGCGUGGGCUGGAUGUCAACAAGUGUGAGAUCGCCAGGUUCUACAAGCUGCAUGAGCGCAAGUGUGAGCCCAUCAUCAUGACGGUGCCAAGAAAGUCGGACCUGUUCCAGGACGACCUGUACCCCGACACGGCGGGCCCCGAGGCAGCGAUGGAGGCAGAGGAGUGGGUGGCAGGCCGGACGGCGGGGCCGGUGCUGGUGUCCCUGCGCCAGGCCUAUGUCCCCAGCAAGCAGCGGGACCUCAAGGUCAACCGCCGCACCCUCCUCCACGAGAACCGCCCCCCCUGCUACUGCCUCCGGCUCCGCCACGCCGCCCAGCACGCCCCCCGCUGCGCCUGCCCCCACCCGCCUCAGCGCCCCCCCCGGCCCUGGGCACCAUCCCCACCGCGCCCACGGGCGGGCGGCUGGAGGAGGUGCUGCAGGAGGUGGCGGCGCUGCGGGCACUGGUGGCGGAGCAGGGCCAGCGCAUCGCCCGCCUGGAGGAGCAGCUCAGCCGCCUCGAGAACGGCCACGUCUAGGGACCAGCCGACCGCCCUCAGGGACCACCACCCCCAGGAGCUGCAGCUGGGGACCUUCCCCCACCCCCCGGCCCCCUGGCAGGGACCAUGCCUGCGCCCUGGGGUCCCCCAAACCCUCUAACCCCCUGGGGUGCCCCUCCCACCCCACCGCUGCUGGGUUCUUCUCCCGUCGGAGGGCUGGCCGCCCCCCUGGCAGCUCCCCCCUCACCCCCAUUGCCUUACUGGGUGCUGCUCCCCCCAAAUCAUGGACCACUCUCUGCUCCCCCCUCCCCGCCCCACAUCCUCAGGCUGGGGGCUGCUCCUGGGAUCAAACAUUACCCCCUGCACCCCCCAUCCCCAGGCAGCGUGGGGUCUUCUCCCCUUCCUGUGGGGCCAGGGCACAAUCUGCCCCCCAACUGUGGAAUAUCGUCCCCCCUAUAAUUUGGGGGCUUCUUCACCCUCCCCCUCGUGCUGUGUCCCCCCCCUCCUCCUUACAGUGCAGGGUCAGAAACUAUAUUUUCACUCCAAAUAAAGGACUUUAUAAGAAAAA